CACGCACGCCGGCGCGCGCGGGGAACGUUCAGUGACGUGUACGCUACGUACGCCUUAUUAAGCGUCUUCCCGCGCGGCAUCCUCCUCAGUCGUUCGGCUCCCCGGCAGUAGCUGUGUCUUCGGUCCUUUUACGUCUUAAUUUCCAGGACUUGAAAUCACUGCCAUGUCCUCUGAAGAAGGGAAGCUUUUCGUUGGAGGGCUCAACUUCAACACGGAUGAGCAGGCUCUGGAAGAUCAUUUCAGCAGCUUCGGACCUAUUUCUGAGGUGGUUGUUGUCAAGGACCGGGAGACUCAGCGAUCCCGGGGUUUUGGUUUCAUCACCUUCACCAAUCCAGAACAUGCCUCAGAUGCCAUGAGAGCCAUGAAUGGAGAGUCUCUGGACGGUCGCCAGAUCCGUGUGGACCACGCAGGCAAAUCAGCCCGGGGAACUAGAGGGGGUGCCUUUGGGGCCCAUGGGCGUGGUCGCAGCUACUCUAGAGGUGGUGGUGACCAGGGCUAUGGGAGUGGCAGGUAUGACAGUCGACCUGGAGGAUAUGGAUAUGGAUAUGGAAGGUCCAGAGACUAUGGUGGCAGAAGCCAGGGUGGUUAUGACCGCUACUCAGGAGGAAAUUACAGAGACAAUUAUGACAACUGAGAUGAGGCAUGCACACCUAAUGUAGAUACACAAGGAAUAAAACUUCUGAUCCAGGAUCAUCCUUCCAAAUGGCUGUAUUUAUAAAGAUUUUUGGAGCUGCACUGAAACAUCUGUUUUAGUAUAUCGACUUCUAUUUUUUAAUUGAGCUCCCAAGGUAGCUUGCUAAAGACCUUUUAGAAAGCUCCAUGUGUUUUUAAAAUUUUUUCUCCUGUUUAAAGAUAAAUUCUGAGACGUUUAUAGAGUCUCUGGGUAUUUUUCCUUUUACCAGUUUUUAGUUUGGGCUAUCAGGAUUGGUUCUGGCAAAAAAAAAAAAUGUGUGGCCGGACUUUUUAUUUUUCAGAAAUAAUGUGUAUCUAGGCGGCAUUUUAAAAACUCAUACAAUGAAUAUCAUGGUUAGGAAGUUAUUUCCAAAUGUGAUUACAGGAAUCAAGAAGGUUACUUAGAUUUUUUUUUAACUGAAAAUCACCACCCUGGUCAUAGAAGUUUCUUAAAAAUAUUUGUGAAUGUCAUUUUUUUAAUACUGGAAGAAAAAAAUUCUGUUGUGUCUCAUAGCGUUUAGGAUGUCCUUCAUGGAGCCGAUUAAAAAGAUGAAACCUGUUAAAUCGAUAA